CGCUUUUUACAUCCAGAUCUAUCCAGAAAAUAAAACUUGUUUUUUUUUUCAAUUAAAAAUGUUUGCAAAAAUUCUCAUCGCUGUAACAAUUUUUGCUUGUUUUGCUGACCAAAUUGUCGCGCAACGAGGUUUUUAUGGAGGCUCUGCUGGCACAGGUUACAAAGAUCGUUUUGUGGCAGGUCAACAAGCGAUCGGGGAUAGAUUUCAAGCAUCACAGCCCGUUGCAGCUCAAGGUACGAAUCCAGCUCCAGCUCGUCCCGCUUUGCCUGUGAAUGCUCAUGGUGAUCAACAACUAUUCGAUCGUUUGAGUCAAUUACCGCGGGAACAUCAACCUUUCUGGUUCUUGAACUAUCAGCAAUUGGAAGCGCAACGAGGACAGGCAUUCCCUGCCUUGCCUGCUGGACAAAUGCAAAAUAAUUUGCAAGCACCUUCAAAUAAUGCCCUUGACAAUCGAUUUGGAGCGCCGUCGUCACAGCCUUUUGUUAAUUCACCGUAUCCAAUCGUGCAAGGAGUGCCCGGAAAUAUUUUUUAAGGCCGUAGUUUUAAGUUUAAUUUUUUG